AUGGACCCUGGCGGCGCCGCCACACUCGCGGUGAGUGCCGCGGUGGGGGCGCCGGCUGCCUGGGCCGGGCUGCGCUGGGCGGCGAGCUGGCUGGCGGCGCUGGUGGCCGCCUCGACCAGCUGCCCGUCCUGCGUGUGCCACGCGCCGCAGUGGCCCCCGCCCUCGCCGCCGCCGCCGCCGCCGCCACCGCCAGCGCCGAGCGCCGGCGCGGUGGCCGCGGCUGUGGCGCAGGAGCUCGGGCCCUGGCUGGUGGCGAACUCCUCGCCUGCGCCAGCCACCUGUCCCUCGGCCGCCGAGGUGGCCGCGGCCCGCGCGGCGCCGCCCGUGCCCGAGGCAGGACGACGGGUCGGGCUGUGGCACCCGCGCGACACGGUGUGGCACGAGCGAGUGCUGCUCUACCCUGCGGGGGGCACAUACUGGUGGGUGCUGACGCCAGACGCCGAUCGGUACGUCGAGGACGUGUCGGGGUCCGUCGGCGACGGCUGCAAUAGGGCCUUCGUCGUCGCGCUGGACGGCGCAGCGCCCGCCUUGGCCCACGGCUCCUUCCACCGGUUUGCGCAGCCGCUGACCUGGGAAGAGCUGCGCAGCGAGGUGCUCAGGCUGGACGACGACCCCGCGAUGGUGAGGGGGGCCGGCUCCUGGCAGCUCGUGGAGGCGGUCCCCGUCGGCGCGGUGGACUCCUUCAGGGGCAGGCGCCCGAGGGAGCUGCUUGGGCUGGUCGAGAGGGACCUGCCCGCCGACGCCCGCGCCAGGGGACCUCCGCUGCCGCCGCCGGCCUUGCCACCUGGUGGCGAGGCAGACUCCUCGCGCGGAGCUGCCGAGGCCGCGGGCCCCAGCGCUGACGACCAGGACCUGAGAGACAGGCUGGGGGUGCCCCCCCCGGAGGGGGCGCGCGAGGCGGACUCGGUCGACGACGCGAGGACGCUGUGGGUUCAGCACGACGAGCAAGGGGACCGCCACAAGCCGUGGCGCGAGGUUGUCCGCGAGAUCAGGAAGUACACGUUCAAGGACUGGCCACUCGAGGACGGCCUCAGCACGGUGGAGCACACGGUGAAGCGCCGGGAGCAGAACGGCGGCCCCCCCUUGCUCUGGCUGGACCUGCGGGCGCGGGACCGGCUGCUGAGCCAGACGGACCGCAGCUACAUCGAGAUGAAGUGCCUGCUCACGGCGAUCUUCUAUGCGGGAAGCUACGACCAGGUCAAUUUGCCCAGCAUGGCCAGCAUUGAGGUGUUGCGCCGUCGGGUGUCGCAGAUCGUCGAGGCCUGCUCGGGCGACCCCAACAAGCCCCCGAAGUGGGGCGGGCUGCGGCACUACAUGGGCGUGGCAGGCCCGAUGGGCGUUAUUGACCCAGCCUUGAGGACCGCAGUCUUCCGCCGCAACAAGGAGGAUAUGGAGCUGGAGAACUGGAAGAGCCGGGCUGCCGGGCUCCCCGUGCCCAGCCCCCUGGCGCUGGAGGCCGGCCAGGGGCUCCCGAGCGGGCGGGCCUGCCGGGACUUCGACGAGGUCGUCGACGCUUUGAAUUGGUUGAUGAACCGCACCUCCACAGGCGACAAGCCGAAUUUUGACCAGAUGAAGGUGCACGCGAGGCUCUACGUCCGCCUGGUGAAGCUCCUCUACGCCAAGGGCCUUCUGGUGCUCCUGGGCGAGAGUGAGCGGCGGGAGGUGGAGGGCGUCGAGUCCUUUGGCCAGUCGGACCUCGGUUUCACGCUGGGCACCUCCGACAUCAGCGACGCCUUCCACCGUUUCAGGAUCGAUCGAGGGCUCUCUUCCUAUUUCUGUCUCCGCUCCGUGACCGCGCAGGAGAUCGGGGUGACCGGCAAGAACAUCGGGGACGGCGCCGCGCCGCCCGACCGCCGCUUGGUGCCAGCCUGCGCCGCCCUGCCGAUGGGGUUUACCUGGUCGCUCUACUUCUGCCAGGAGGUGGGCGAGGCCGUCGUGGACGCCACGCCCGGACUGGAGCGGGCCCACCGCAUGAGCGACCGGGGCCCUACGACAGCGCUUCGGCCGUCGGCCCAGCUGGCCGAGGGAGGAGGCGCUCAGUGCACGUGCGUCGACAACCUCGGAGAAAGGGGCUUUGACGGUGCAGGGGUGUCCUCGAGCCUCGCCGCCGCCACCGCGAGGUUCGACGCCGCGGGUCUGCGGACGCACGAGACGGACAUCCAGAGGGGCCGCGGCGUGACGCUGGGCUGUGUGCUGGAUGGAGCCGCGCUGACCACCAGGCUCACGGCCAAACGCUACUGGCGGGUGCGGCAAGGUGUGUCUUGGGCUCUGGGCUGCAGAGCCCUGCCAGGCUGGACGUGGGAGAUCGUCCUUGACCACUGCACCUACUGCGCCACGUGCAAUCGCGACCUUCUCUCGAUCUUCAACGCGAUGUACACGUUCAUAGCGGCACACUACCAGGAGUCUGCGCCGCUCUGGCCCACAGCGCGGGCCGAGAUGGUCGCCUUCCGGGGCCUGAUGUCUCUGCUGCGCGGUGACUGGGCGAUCCCGUGGUGCCCGCUGGUCUGCCUCUCCGACGCGUCGGAGCAUGGCUACGCGGUGAGCGCCUCGUUGUUCGAGUCGGCCGCCGUGAAGGAGAUCGGGCGGGUGCAGGAGCGAUCCCGCUUCCGUCGCCUGGGCGGCCAUUCCGCUCGGGCCCAUUUCUUCGCCAGCAACGGCAUCGUGAUGACCAGCGAGGGGACGUUCAAAGAUGCGACCGAUCUUGAUGAGCAUGAGGAGGUUGCGCCCCAGACUCAAUGGGGGCUUGACAGAACUUGCAAGGAGAUGGCAGCGGAGAUCUUCUCAGGGUCCCGCUGGACAGAGAUAGUCGCCCGCGGGUGGCUGAAUACUACGGAAGACAUCUUGGUCUACGAGUCACGCCGCGGGCGCUGUCGCCGCCUGGCAGCGCCGCUGCCGGCAGGAGGCAGCGCGCCCGCGCAUGCCGCGCCCGAGCCGCUUGCGAAGCGCUCGCGGGUGCUGUCGCCGGGGCCGGAGGGCCUGCCGAGCGAGCCACUGGUGCCAGCCAGCCGGGCGCGGGCGCUGGGGGCGCCCCGGGAUGGCAUGCGGCAGCGGCUCACCCUGGCCCCGCCCGCCUCGAGGGCCGCGGCGCGCGACCUGGAGGCGAACUGCAGCCCGACGGGCGACAGCGAGGGCGAGAGCGACGCCACGACCGUGGCCAACGAGGCGGAGGCAGCUCGCACCCGGCAGCUCCGCCAGACAACCCGGCAUCGCGCUCGGGCAGUCGCCCAGGCCAAGGCGUCGCCCACUCUGGCGGGGCUGGCGCUGCUGGAGCGCUCGGCGGUGAGGCUGGGCACGGAGACGCGGUACCAGGUGGAGCUCGAGGCCUUCAUCGACGCCGCCGGGAAGCGCCAGCUCGUCGUGGACAGCGAGGUGGACGACGCGCUCGUGCACUACAUGAACGAGCUAUACGAGUCGAGCCACCGCUCGAACAAAGGCGACGUGUUGCUGUCGGCGCUGCUACAUUUCCAGCCCCAGCAUGGCAAGCUGGGGGGAUCGCGCCUCCCUCGGGCUUGGCGAUGUUUGAAGGGGUGGCGCCGGAGAUGUGGGCGGCGCUCGAGGAACCCGGUCGUCCGCGUGAUAUGGUCAGCGGUCGUCUGGGACCUCUGCUGCCGGGGAUACUGGCUCAUGGGUUUGCACAUUCUGUGGAUGAUCGUGACGCACCACCGCCCAGGCGAGCCGCUCGCGAUCCAGCGCCAGGAUCUCAUCCAGCCAGUAGAGGGGGGCUCGAACGACUGGGGGGUGCUGCUGUUCCCGCAGUCGAGGGCGGCCACCCGCAAGAACCAAAUGCAAGGCGAGGGGAUCAGCCUCACCAACAAGCUUUUCCCGUGGCUGCCGCGGGUGAUCGCGGCGCUGGCCCCGGGCCCUCCAGAGUCCUUGCUCUUCGCGCACAGCUACCCCGAGCUGGUCGCUCAGUUCAACAUUACGAGGACGAGGCUCCAGCUCGGCAGCUUGGUGUUGUACCAGUGCCGACACUCGGGGGCCUCGCUGGACCUACAGAACCGCCACCGCGAUCACAUGGAGCCGAAAAAGCGAGGCGGGUGGCAAUGCGAGAGCUCGCUGAAGAGGUACGAGAACGCCGCCAAGCCGCCGCCCGCCUGCUUCCCUGGCAGUACUUCGCCGACCUGUUCUGUGGCGAGGGCGGCGUCGGGAAGGCGCUUGCGCGCCGUGGCUAUCUUGCGCGACUCUGGGACCUUCGUUACAGUCAGAGCCUGGAUCUCACCGAUCAUGCCGUGCUUCGCCGCCGGGAAGAG